UUUUGUACCUUUUUUAACAGGAUUUCACAAAAAAAACGAAAAUCGAUACACUGCGCUCUCUCUAGUCAUAAACCGUGUACGUAAGCCUUUGGCCAGGCUCCUUCCAGGUACAGGGUGCGAGGGUAAAUUUCCUUCGGUCCAGCUGAGCGUUUGCCGACAAGCAAACUAAAGCCGUCACCAAGGGUCGGCGAUAAGCGUCUAGGGCACCCUUUAUCAGUGAGCGAGUGUGAUCCUACAUCGGCCAAGAUUAAUCUCUCGGUGCAAAUCAACAUGGGCGACAGCAAGGAAGCAGCGGAAACUCCGCCGGUACUGUCGGCCACGGCAAGUGUUACUACCACGACUACAACGGACCCACCGAUCGUCGGUUCCACGACGGAAUCGCAACCACCGCCACUGCCACCAAGAGAGCAUUUGAUCGUAACAGCUGUCAAGUUCCUCAACAACCCGAACGUCGUACGCAGUGCCAUCAACAAGAAACAGGCCUUCCUACGCUCCAAAGGACUGACGGAAGAUGAAAUACAGAUUGCCUGCGAUCGGGCCGGAGUUUUUACGGGUGACACGAGCCAAGCGCUACCAAGUCAAACCGUCAUCAGUAUGGGUGUCGAAUCGAGUGGCCCUGGUUAUGCCACGGCCACAGGUUGUCAUCAUCCGAUGCAACUUAGGCCAACAAACUUCCUCAGCAGGAUGAAGGAUAUGCUUAGCUCAGUGGCCAUGCUCAGUGGGCUAAUGUACGGAGUGUACUGGUUCUAUAAGAAAUUCAUCGAACCCCUACUGUUCCGGGAUAGGAAGAAGAAAAGUGUCACGGAGCAGCUGAAGGAACUGAACCAAACCGUCACGGAGAAGGUCGACACGAUGCACGUUGAGCUGGCAAAGAUUAAGGAGGAACUGAAUCGGGUCAAUCAGUUUAACACAACUGUGAAGAACUUUAAAGGUGAUCUUGACUCCAUCAAAGGCCUGUUGCUGAAUCGGAAACAAUUCGCUGCACCUAAUCUACCCGUUGUUCCACCUUCGAUUCCGGCCUGGCAGCUACGCUCCCAGCAGCACCAGCAACCGAGCAGCGAAGGGGAGCACGACAAGAACGACGACAACGACACCGGAUCCGGGUCUGGUUCGAGUGAGAACGAUGUGGUGCUCAAGAACAGCGACAGCAGCCUGGAGAUUAUGUAAUGCGAUCGUUUGUUAAUUAAAUUUUUAAAUUUUAGUUUCAUAAAUGGAUUACAUCUUCCUGUUGAACAAUGUGCCAUUUGCGCAUUGUGAGUUUGCUAAUACCAUGCCCGUUUCUUUUUCCAUACUUUGCAGAUCGUAACUAGAUAGUAACUAGAAACGGGACUUCAUCAAUUCGCCCAAAAAAGCCAGAAAAACAGAUUACAAACAGAACUCCUUUUCCAAUACAAACAAGUAAAGACAAGAAACAUUGCAUUGCAACACAAUGGCCAUUUUCACCGUCAAACAUCUUCAAUCGCUUUGGGAACUGUUUUCUUGAAACUCGUUCUCAGGGCCAAGGAAUAAAGCCAAUUCAACGUAAAACAGUGGCACCACAUGGGUCCGUAGUUUGGGUAAGGGCGAGUAAGCAGCUAGUGUUUGACUGCGGGGUCCCAUGGGUGCUGUUGAAGACAGGCCCAAGGAACGGUGGUAUGGUCACCCCGUACAGUAGUGUACUUUUAGGUUAAGCUUCGUUUUGUACAUUAUUGCAUUUAACCAAAUCAGUUACUUCCACGAGCGUUGCGAGGUGUGGCCAGCAGCGAAUCACGAGCAACAGCGUCAGGGUUUUUAACAUAUAAUUUUGCCACGGAGCGAGACGCCAGGUUAGCCAUCAAUAUUCUGCGCACGAGUGUGGUGGGAUCGAACAGUUUGGUUGAAUCAGGGACUAGAUGGGUUAUUAUUCGUGCGUGAAAAUGAUUUUCAGUGAUAUAGCUUCGGUUUUACGGAUUUUUGCGGUGUAAUUCUAGCGAUCUGUAAAGAAACGGUCCAGAGUCACGCUGCGCUCUGGACGAUAAUGUACCUACAGUAGAAGAAUGAACUGUGGCUAUCAUGUUCGAAAUGCUUACUUAGUGUCAAACAUCAAUGUGGGAGGCGAUACUUUUUUUUGAGUUGUGGGAAUUUGGAGUAAUGAAGCGCUUAAAAUCACUUACAAGUAUCUUCUUGUUUUCUGUUUUAUUUCUCUGGUAGACAUGCCCCAGGUGUUUCUGUUUCGUUGACAUUUGC